CAGACUCAUGGAGCGCACCGAGCCCGAACGCGUGAAGGAUGCAUAAACUUUAAAAUCUGCCUCACAACUUUCACCGUCUCUCUCUCUCUCUCCCUCUAUCUCCCCCCCUUUCUCUCCAUCCUCUACAGUCUCCCUCCUCCGCUGCUCUCCGCUCCACAAACCCGGCACAAGAAGAUCUCCACUAUGGAUUUACUGCGCGCUCACUCUAUCUAUUAAAUGAUCACAUCUUCUCCGUCGGGUGUCUUUUUUUUUUCUCUUUCUCUGUCGGAUGCUCGUUAAGGACGCGAGUCGAGAUGAUGGCAUCAAUAGGAGAAUUCGACCCUCUCAACACCAGAGUCCCUGCAACUAAAAUAGAAGUUACCGUGUCCUGCCGGAGUCUGCUGGACGUGGAUACAUUCUCCAAGUCUGAUCCCGUGGUCGUGUUGUAUUUACAGGCUGUGGGAACCAAAGAAUGGAGGGAGUUUGGCAGAACGGAGGUAAUCGAUAACACGCGGAAUCCAGAUUUUGUCAGGAAAUUCGUCCUGGAUUUCUUCUUUGAAGAGAAACAGAAUCUAAGGUUUGAUGUGUACAAUGUGGACUCCAGGAGCUGUAACAUCUCCAAACACAAGGACUUCCUGGGACAGACCUUCUGCACCCUCGGAGAAAUCAUCGGCUCUCCAGGAGGACGUCUGGAGAAAACCCUCUCUGGGAUCCCGGGGAAGAAGUGUGGAGUCAUUAUCUUUGCUGCGGAGGAGCUCAGUAACUGCAGGGACAUCGCCACCAUGCAGCUGUGCGCCAACAAGCUGGACAAGAAGGACUUCUUCGGGAAGUCGGACCCCUUCCUGGUUUUCUAUCGGAGUAAUGAGGAUGGAACGUUCACCAUCUGCCACAAGACAGAGGUGAUCAAGAACACGCUGAACCCGGUGUGGCAGCCCUUCACCAUCCCUGUUAGAGCGCUCUGCAACGGAGACUAUGACAGGACGGUGAAGGUAGACGUCUACGACUGGGAUCGAGAUGGAAGCCAUGACUUCAUCGGCGAGUUCACCACCAGCUACAGAGAGCUGUCUCGGGGGCAGAACCAGUUCAACGUGUACGAGGUUUUAAAUCCAAAGAAGAAAGGCAAGAAGAAGAAAUAUGUGAAUUCUGGAACUGUAACUCUGCUGUCCUUCAAAGUGGAGUCCGAGUAUACCUUUGUGGAUUUCAUCCGAGGAGGAACACAACUGAACUUCACUGUCGCUAUCGACUUCACAGCCUCCAAUGGUAACCCCUCUCAGCCCACCUCCCUCCACUAUAUGAGCCCCUACCAGAUGAAUGCAUAUGCCAUGGCGCUGAAAGCUGUAGGAGAGAUAAUCCAGGACUACGACAGUGACAAGCUCUUCCCUGCCUACGGAUUCGGAGCUAAGCUGCCCCCUGAUGGCAAAAUAUCCCACGCCUUCCCACUGGCUGGAGAAAAUGAGAAUGCAAACUGUGUGGGCAUUGAAGGAGUUCUGGAGGCGUAUUUUCAGAGUCUGAGGACGGUGCAGCUGUAUGGACCCACAAACUUUGCUCCAGUUAUCAACAAAGUGGCCAACUGUGCAGCAGAGAUUACGGACGGCUCUCAGUACUUUGUCCUGCUGAUGAUCACAGAUGGAGUGAUAUCUGACAUGGUCCAGACCAAAGAGGCUGUGGUCAAUGCUGCAUCACUUCCUCUGUCCAUCAUUAUCGUGGGUGUUGGACCGGCUGAGUUUGAUGCGAUGGAGGAGCUGGAUGGAGACGAGGUGCGAGUGUCCUCCAGAGGACGUUUUGCUGAGAGGGACAUCGUUCAGUUUGUUCCAUUCAGAGACUACAUCGACAGAUCCGGUAACCAGGUCCUCAGCAUGGCCCGGCUGGCUAAGGACGUCCUCGCCGAGAUCCCCGACCAGCUGCUGUCUUUUAUGAAGAGCCGAGGAGUUGAACCGAGACCGGCCCUCUCCUCCUCGCCGCUGCCGGAACUACACCGACACAUCUGACCCCCUGACAGACACCUCAAUUCACAGCAUCUCAUCACUCUCUCUCUCUCUCUCUCUCUCUC